AGGAGUGAAGCAGACGGCAGUGAAGAUCAGUCGCGGGGGAGUGAGGAGUUCGCCGUGGCUUCCAGCGCAGUGUCCUGAGUCUGGGAAUUGAAAGAAUCUCUGCCAGUUUAUAGACUGAUGUCUGGUUCUGCGCAUAGUCAGAUUGUAUUCAGACGCAAGUGAAAAAAACCUUUUAAAUUAAAGUGUUUCACGGAGAGAAGAGAAGUCACUUUUCAGCAUAUGAAUGUGUCCCAUCUUGAAAUGUCUGGAUCGUACUGCAAAAGUUUAUAUGCCUUCAGUGGAGAGCAACACCAGCAAGGACUGAGGUUUGAAGUCGGGGAAAUUAUUAAAAUAACGCAGACACUGUCUGAAGGUUGGUGGGAAGGUGAGAAAGAUGGAGUUACCGGAUGGUUUCCUGCAAGUUACGUCCAGGUUUUAGAGAAGUCGACAUCAAUAAGCCCCCUGCCAGGAGACAGUCCCCUCCCCCAAGGCUGGAAGUGCUACUUGUCUCCCCAGGGACGCAGAUAUUAUGUGAACACCGCUAGCAAUGAAACAACAUGGGAACGACCUCUGGAUGCCCCUGGAACCCCAACUAAUUCAAUCAGACACAAGAACUCCACACCUGCAGUGAAUGGCUUUCACAACUCUGGAAGUCCUACAGCCCACUUCGAACCUCAGCAUGGAGGAGUACGGAAAGCCAGCUCGGACCAACAGAGCCCAGGGUCCAACUCACCGAGCAGGAGACAGAACAAGGAGACCACGAUUACAAUCAACUGUGUUACCUUUCCCAUGCCGAUGAAUAUGCCAGAGCAACAGCUGCUGAAACCCAAUGAGUGGAGCUACUGUGAUUAUUUCUGGACUGACAAGAAGGACCCCCAGGGAACAGCCUCUGUCUCGGGGUUUGAGGUUCUACUGCAGAAACAGCUUAAGGGAAAACAAAUGCAGAAAGAGAUGGCAGAGUUUUGCCGCGAAAGAAUAAAGAUUGAGGAAGAAUAUGCGAAGAACCUUUCCAAACUUUCACAGAUUCCAUUAGCUGCACAAGAAGAAGGAACACUUGGAGAAGCUUGGGCACAGCUGAAGAAAAGCCUGUCGGAUGAAGCAGAAGUUCACUUGAAGUUCUCAUCUAAGCUCCAUAGUGAGGUGGAGAAACCCCUCCUCACGUUCCGGGAUAACUUCAAGAAGGACAUGAAGAAGUACGACCACCACAUUGCUGACCUGCGAAAGCAGCUGGCCAGCCGAUGUGCUUCGGUGGAGAAGGCUCGCAAAGCACUAGCAGACAGACAAAAGGACCUGGAGAUGAAAACCCAGCAGCUGGAGAUCAAGCUCAGCAAUAAGACAGAGGAGGACAUCAAGAAGGCAAGACGGAAAUCAACACAAGCAGGCGAUGACCUUAUGCGCUGUGUUGAUCUUUACAAUCAGUCCCAGUCCAAAUGGUUUGAGGAGAUGGUGACCAGCAGCCUGGAACUGGAAAGACUGGAGGUUGAACGUGUGGAGAUGAUACGGCAGCUUCUUUGCCAGUACACAACUCUGCGGCAUGAGACAGACAUGUUUAACCAAAGUACCGUGGAGCCUGUGGAUCAGCUGCUUCAGAAGGUGGACCCAGCCAAAGACAGGGAGCUGUGGGUGAAGGACAACAAAACUGGAGAAGUGCGACCUGUGGACAUGGAGCUAUAGAAGUGGGGGCUGCAGCUCAGCUCGAAAUCCUCCGACCCUCCUGUCAUAUAAGAACAUUCCAAACUCAGAGCAUGAGACUGUUAUGGCCAACACUGCUAAAUAUUUGGUUAGCGUACCAUCCUCUGUACACCUCAGUGCGUAAUGUAACAGUCAUUUCACAUGAGGUUUCACCAUAUCUCUUAAAAGCAUCAGGAAAAUAAAAAUCCAUCAUCAAAGAAGAAUAACAUGCAUAAGCUUUAAGGUAUAAGUUAAAAUACAUUUUCAUUAGUAACACUUUAUUUUAUGCUUAACAUUCAUGAUCUUAUUUAUUAGUGAUUAAUUAGCAAGGUAAUUACACCAUAAUCCAAAGGUAUUUUGUAGUUUUAACACUGACAACUUCAUUGUGAAUAGUUGUGUCUGCUGAUAUGUUUUUAGGAGCUUUUAAUACCCAAGACUAGUGAAAACUUAGUUCUCGUAAAGAGUUCAGCUAAUAAUGUCCAGUCAGUAUUUUUGCAGUGACUCAAUUAGCAGUCUUUACAUUACUGGACUGCAUACAUAGAAAGGGCUUAAUUAAAGACAAGCAGAGGAAUCUCAUGUCAGUCCCUCUAAUAUAUAAUCUCUCAAUGAUUAUUCUGAAUGGUUGAAGAGAAGAUGAUAAUUCUCAUGAAAGCCAUGGCUGACAACAUAGUGAUGCACGUUUGGUAGCCGCCUAUGGGCUAUGCAGCCCCAAGUGCCUUGUCUCCGAAAGUCCUGAAGGUAACAUAAGUGUACCCUUUUAUGACUCUUGUCAUGGUUUUUUCAUCUGAAGGCAAGGUAGGUGCUGCCCCUAGUGGUGCAGAUUUCACCAGAACUUCAUACAAGGGGCUUGAUUCCCAUCCUCUUUGCCCUCCCAAAAGUCAAAUGUAGGUCCCAUAAUAUUUUAGCACUGUCUGAUCAUUUACAAACAGCAGCACAUUUGUUCUUGUUCGACUAGUAUAAAUUGAAUGACUUCCUUAUAGCAGAGCGAUGCAGCAUCUUUGUAGACUAUUAAUAGACUGUCACUCCCUCCAUGUUAUGUAUUCAGCCAUCUGAAUUCAAUUUAUAUAUAGACAUAAAUUUAAUUUAUCUCACAUUUGUAUCAUCUGUUAACCUAUCUAUCCAUUUCCCUUGAAAUAGGUAUACUUGCUAAUUAUUCACAAAUGAUAAUUAUAUUUUUAUGAUUAUGUGUUAUAUCUAAAAUAAAGUGUUAGCUAUCUAUAGUAUUUUUAUUUAUAUUUUUUUCUGAUGUUAGAAAUUGAAGUAGAAAAGUUAUAUUAUGUUAAAUAUAAUUAUCAUCCAGUGCCUUGGAAAUGGAAGAGAUGAGAACAGAUUUCAUACACACUCAGUUCAUCACGUAACAUAUAAUAUCCUUAUUCAUGUGAUUGGAACAUAGUGUGCAUAGACAUAGAGGCAUACCUGUUGAUUCUAUGUUGGACAAACACACACACACACACACACACACACACAAAAGACAGAUAUGUAAUGGUAUAUUAAAUAUUUUUCAUGUAGACUUUGUAGAUUUUGAGAAAUAAUAUAUAUGGGAAAGUGCAUUUUAUUGAAGAAAUGUAAAAAUAAAAAUCUAAUUAAAUUGCAGAUCCUGAACAUUAGAAUUAUAUUUAAAUUUUAUCCUAAAUGUCUGUGCCCACUAAAUCUGAAGCUGAUGUUAUGAUAUAAAUGUACUUGUAAGAGAGGUAAAUGUGAUAGUUUUUUUACAUGGGUACAAAUAGCUUGUGCUAUUUGUACAAAAAAGAUAAAACCUCUAUUUUAGGAAGCCUCAUUAUACAAACACAAUUGCAUUAAUUACUCAGAUUCAGGGAAAUAUCUGUCAGAACACGUGUUAAUUCCACAUCACAGUUACACCAUUAAUAUAGAUAAAACAGUAACAUUAUGAUGAUAAUAAUAAUAAUAAUAUAUGUUUGGUGCAGAUAGCAUAUAUACAUCAGAAUGGGAAGUCCUUAUUGUCUUUGGAAAACUUCAUUCUCAUUUAUCAUAUUAUUUUCAAGGGAUUUCACCAUUAGACACUGUACAUGGAAAAAUGGUUGCAAUUCAUUUAUCCCAUUAGACAUCUUAUGAUUUUUAGUUUCGGAGUCCGCUAUAGUCCGAAUGCCAGGGUCAGAUUUACGCAAUCUAACUAUGGUUUUAGUGCAGGACGUUUAUAUUGCUAUAAAUCAUGAAGAUGGCAUGUAACCUGUUGUUCACAGAAGAGUUCCAUAUGCUGCCUGUAGGAUCAGCUCAGUCAGAUGAUGACCUUUUCACUAUGUACACCUCAUAGUGCCUAUAUAGGUGAAAACAUGAGAAAUAAUCCUUGUACUGCUGCCCUUAUUCCAUUUAUGAUUUGUGUGUGCGUGUGUGUGCGUGCGUGUGUGUGUGUGUUUGCGUGUGUUGUUUUUUGUAAACACACAUUUUUCAGAAGCAUAAUCUUGAAAACCUUGUGCACUCAAACAGCAACACAUUCCUGCCAUAAUAUUGAAACCGUUUAAUGGGUCCUUAAAGAUAAAUAAAUUAUAUGCAAGCAUUUGGUAAAAGACCUGCUUGAUUUGGUAUGUUUCACAUAAGAUUUUCAGUAACUGAACUUUCUUAUAUAUUAACUUUGACAUCUGAGAAAAGUACAUAACCAAGUGUUUUUUCGUGUCCAAGUGUAGAACAAUAUGGCCUGUUUCUCUAAAGUACCUAGAGGCUAUCAGUUAUAGGCUAGAGGUGUCUCGUGAAGUUGCAUACGUCAUCAUGCAUGUCAGGGAUCUUUGCAUGGCAUGUUAAGAAUACAAUUAAAAAUAUACUAUAUUUGUGUUUUUAUUUCUUCUUAUAACUGGAUAGAGUGAUUUUUAUGGUUACAGUAGGUCAUGGGGAAUUUGAGUGAAAGUGUGAUUUAUUAAAAUGUGUUAAUUGUCAAUUUGUAUGUUUUUAUAAUGAAAAGGGGUUUUAUUUUCUUGCCGGAAAGCAAAAUUUCACCUGCCAUAGUGUGGAAAUCCAGAAUGGCAUCUGGCAUUUUUAUGAGCUGUAUGUACAUUUAUAAAACAUAUUUAGAAGUUUCCUGCAAAUUGACAGCCAAACUUUACCCAAAAUAACAGAGGUACAGAUAAUAUAUUAAACUUUUUUUUAAUGCAAUGCAUAUUUUUAUACAAAUAUAAUUACAUGUAACACUGUUUUUCAUUAUUCUGAAUUAACUGGAUAACAAUUUCAACAGAAGUGUAUGUUUCACAGCUUGAUUUUUUUUUUCAUUGAAUUACUUAUUUACUGAUGUACAUGGUGUUACUGUUUCAUAUUGAUACCUAUAUGUUGUGCGAAGUGUAAUAUGGCAAAAUCGUUCAGUUAUAUAACUAGAACAUUUUUGCUUUUUUAUUGUAAAUGGAAGUAUACCUGCUCGUCAGUGACAGUUUUGCGUUAAUAUAAAAACCGAUUAAACUGGAUGUAAAUUUUU